AUGAAAGCAACCAAUGUUGCGCUGUUGUUAUAUGCAACAUUUGCCAUAGAGGCUGCCACAGCGGCUACGCAGCUAGGUAAUACCGCGGUCGAGGUUACACUCUCAGAGCCAACAGCUACAACAUCUCAAACAACCGCCGCACCGACGACACGAUAUAAUGCCACAGAGAGGCCUUUUUCAUACUCAAGACCCCCGUCAAUAUCUUCUCCCCCGUCUAUUGCGCCUAUGACGAGCGUUAGAGUCAAUGAUAUCAACGCAACCACUUUACCAUCAGCAACCGAGAGUAUAUUUGGGACAGGAGAGCCAAGUCAAAUAUCGAUGCCAAUCCAUGGCUUAUUUACAAACUCAUCCGCUACCGCCCGUGGCAAUGCUGAUGAGCCAGGGCAUCCGUCAGGUGUCCCAAUGACAGGCGGCAAAGUUGAAACUUUUCCGACGAAUUCUUCUUCUCUAAUAACUACGACUUCGACAGAGCCGUGUAGUUCAUUGCCCAGCGAUAGAGCUGUUACCGAAUAUUCUAUAAUUUAUACUUCGACCAUCACAUUCUAUGGCAACAGUACUGAUUACACUCCUCCUUAUUCGCCCCUGACAACGCCGAAUUAUUGCUCUCCUACAGGCGAAGCUCUCAUAACAUUCUACAGUACAACCCACGUAUCUAACUCAACUGCGAUAGAGACGGCGUCGCCUCUGACUACGGCUUCUCCAACAGCUGACAUCGGUGUACCAGCCCUAGUUGCUCCUAUUCCCGCCAUUACCUUUUCGUUUGAUCUUCCAGAGAUUCUUACACAGACGCCUGAUGCUACUGGCGGAGAUGAAGGUGGAAUAAUUAUCACCAUCAAGCCGUAUCGCUCAUUCACUCGUCGGAUAAUUACCUUUAUCACAACCGAUAAGAACCCAGCUGUGGUUUUUUCACCUGAACCAACUCCUGAUUAUAGUCCCACUUGGAUUACUGGUAUUGGAGAGGGUGUUCAUAAAACCAUUGAUGUUAUAAACAGUCCGCCAACCGAUACACCCAUCUCCAAUAACCUUAUUGAAAGCGUGAAGCGACCUCCAGCUCCUACUUUUCAAGUCACUGCUGGAGGAGACCAAGUUAUUAUCAACGAAGAGACGAUAUCUGGCCUGAAACCGAGCCAAACAACAACCAUCACUGUCGGGACUGACGUUUUUACGAUUCUUCCAACUGCAGUCGUUGGUUUCGGUUCAACAGUCACAAAGCCUGCACCUCAAGAAAUAUCCACUCCCACCUCAGCUAUCACAUCCGGGGUCUUGGGUGGAAUUCCGGUGAUAAUCUCAGGAACAAAAGCUGUGGUUGACGGUACUACCUUGAGCAUCUCGCCGCAGAUGGCUACAACUACCAUUAAUGGCCACAAGGUUGCUCUUGGGACAGGAACUAUAGCUAUCGACCAUGAGACGCUAGUUUUCCAGAACCCCUCGCCUCGACCAACUCAUGAGAUUAUUACAGGAGGAGAGAUGAUCACAGUUAUAGGCAGUUCCAUAGUUGUUCUACACUCUACAACCAUCACCUAUGGCGCGAAUAUUGCUCUAAAGCAAACAACCUUCAACGGCGAGACCAUCUCAAUCGGUCCAAGGGGCAUAUCUUUCCACGGGACCACUCUAGGAGGGCCCUCGGCAAACUCCACCAACACGGAGUAUGAGAUUGUAGGCGGAGUCACUGUGGGAAAACUUUUGCCAUCUCUUGUAGUAGUCAACGGGGAAACCUAUUCGAUUAACAAAGAUGGCGAUCUGAAAAAUAUGGAAACGACAAUCAUUGCCAACCAAACCAUCACCAUCGGCCCCGAGGGCUUAAUUUUAUCGUCUCAAACAUUGACGUACCCAGGGAGCUCUGUCACUGCUACUUUGUCGCCUUCUAUGCCGGACUUCCCUGCCGAGACAGCAAGUCAGAGCAGUGACGAGGAAAGCGGCGCGUUUUCAAUCCGUCAAAAACUCGGUGCCUUUUACGUUUGCUUAGCAUUAGUAGGCGUUUGGGUGAUCUUCCGAGAUGCAUAG